CGAUUUUCUUGAUUUGCGACUGCGAUCAGCCUACGGAGCACUAUUUCUCCCUAGUCGACUCCCGGGGGCUCCGCCUCUUUUCGCUUUUCGUGUCCUCUCCUCUUGACCUGGAGAAAGUCCGCGAGCGUCGUCAGUCCCGUGUUUCGUCCUACUGUUCGACCGGUCCCUCCCGCUCGCGCUCUCGCUCUCGCUUCUUCUUCCUCUCUCCCCCCUAAACCCCGUCGCCUCUUUCACUUUCUUGAUCGACGCGUCCUCGUUCUCUCCGUCUCGAUCUCGCUCCCUCUCUCUUUUUAUCACCCUCCUCCCCUCUUUCUCCUAAUUGAUCCCCGACAGAAGUCGAGCUGCGCUCCCUCGGUCUGCCACCAUGUCCUCUCCAUCCUCUGCGGGCAAACGCAAGCGCAGUGCUUCCCAACAUCUCCCGGCCCAUGCCACCAAGCCCAGUCCCGCCGAUCUCCUGCAGCCCUCGUCGCGCGAUGCUUCCGGGGAAGAGGGCGACGAGUCGACCGCCCCCGCCACGCCCUCGUCCAGCAAGCCCAAGCAACAUGCUCCCGUUGACGUAACGUCCGUGCCGCCUUCCAAACGCGCCCGGAAGAGCUCGGUCGGCGACAGUUCCAUCAAUGGCCCUACGGCCGAGGAACCCUCGGGAAUCAGCAAAGAAGAUCCCGGCGAGCCCUCGGAAACCACGGUCGCCAGCAGCGACAUCGAGAACCAGCGCCAUGGUCGACCCGGCCUACAAUUACAGACCCGACAGAACCUGGAGCCGCCCGAGAAGGCUGGCCUGCAGGAUCCCGUGGGAUACUCAACGAACCCCCCGCCCACGGGACGCCCGGUGCGGGUGUAUGCGGACGGUGUUUUUGAUUUGUUCCACAUGGGCCACAUGCGUCAACUCGAGCAGGCCAAGAAGGCCUUCGGCGAUGUACAUUUGAUGGUCGGUGUCACGGGUGAUGACGAGACUCAUCUACGAAAGGGUCUCACGGUUUUGAGUGGCGCCGAACGGGCGGAAACUGUGCGUCACUGCAAGUGGGUGGACGAAGUGAUUCCCAAUUGCCCUUGGAUCGUGACGCCGGAGUUCAUCGACCAACAUCAGAUUGAUUAUGUUGCGCACGACGACCUCCCAUAUGGUGCCGCCGAGGGGGAUGACAUCUACGCUCCGAUCAAGGCUCAAGGAAAGUUCCUGGUGACUCAGCGAACCGAGGGCGUCAGUACCACGGGCAUUAUCACACGGAUUGUCCGUGACUACGACCAAUACAUCUCCCGUCAAUUCAAGCGCGGUGCUUCCCGACAAGAACUGAACGUGUCGUGGCUCAAGAAGAACGAGCUGGAAAUCAAGCGCCAUGUCACCGAGAUCCGGGAUAACAUUCGUACAAACUGGUCGACCACCGGUCAAGAAUUGGGCCGCGAACUGCGGCAGCUCUGGCAGAACAGUCGGCCCGGCAGCCCGGCCCCGAGCGCCAGGAACAGCGUCGACCUAGGCAGCACUCGUGGAGGUUUGGUCAGUCCAACCACCGGUGCCAAGUCCCAUCUGUCGCGGGUGGAGACUUUGGGUCGUCCGGAUAGCCCCGUGGGAAAUGGACGGAACGAGGACUUUGCAACCGGUUAUAGCCUGGGGUUGAUCGGUGGUGUAAGGGCUUGGAUGCGUAGUCGUCGGUCUCUCGUGGAGAGUCGGGCUCAUUCCCCGACUAGCGAGGAGGAACAUGACUCUGAACAAGAACGAAGCAAUGGCCAUGUCGGCAAUUCAACCGAAGCACCCGCCAAUGCCAGAGUUCAUUCCGCGUAAAAUAAUGCGGUGCUUCCCUUGUUCAGUCUUCGGGUUGAUCUGUCGGAUUUGAUUCUAUUUCUGCCCCCAGCAGGCUGGAUCGCAUGGGUCCAUGUCCU